ACGAAUGUAAACAGCUGGCCGGGUGCGCACAUGUGCCUUCAGAACCAGGAUACGAAGUCAUUAUGUACCACCUGGGACAGGAUCUACCGGGCAACGAUGUGGACGACAUCGAGGAUCUCAUAUCCGCCGACGAUGUGAAGCCGCGGGAGCGCUAUGAAAACAAGAAGAACGUCACAGUGCGAGCCAAAAGACGAGCGCAAAUCCGACCAGAAACCGAGGAGGCAAAGGAGGACAAACCAAAGCCCACCAUCCAUGAAAGUGUAAUACCCGGCACCCAGAAGGUCUUCGUAAAGACAUGGGGCUGCGCUCACAACAACUCGGACUCGGAGUACAUGGCUGGGCAGCUAGCUGCCUACGGCUAUAAAUUAAGUGGCAAGGAGGAGGCGGAUCUGUGGCUGCUCAACAGCUGUACGGUUAAGAAUCCCUCAGAAGACACGUUUCGCAAUGAAAUUGAGUCGGGAAUGCGCAACGGCAAGCAUGUCGUGGUCGCCGGCUGCGUUCCCCAAGGAGCUCCAAAGUCGGACUACCUAAGCGGGCUCUCCGUUAUCGGUGUUCAGCAGAUCGAUCGCGUGGUGGAGGUCGUUGAGGAGACGCUCAAAGGGCACAGUGUCCAGCUGCUGCAGAACAAGAAGAAGGUGCACGGCCGCCGCGUAGCCGGGGCUCCUCUUUCGCUGCCCAAGGUUCGCAAGAAUCCGCUGAUCGAGAUCAUAUCCAUCAACUCUGGCUGCUUGAAUCAAUGUACAUACUGCAAGACGAAGCACGCUCGCGGGGAUCUAGCUAGCUAUCCACCGGAAGAAGUGGUCGAGCGUGCCCGCCAAUCCUUUGCAGAAGGUUGUUGCGAAAUCUGGCUGACAUCGGAGGAUACUGGAGCUUAUGGUCGAGAUAUUGGCAGUUCCCUGCCGGAAUUAUUGUGGCAGUUGGUUGAAGUUAUCCCCGAGCAUUGUAUGCUGCGUGUAGGCAUGACCAAUCCGCCGUACAUCUUGGAGCACCUCGAAGAGGUUGCCAAGGUUCUGCAGCACCCUAGAGUCUAUGCCUUUUUGCAUGUUCCCGUGCAGAGUGGCAGCGAUUCUGUGCUGGGUGAGAUGAAGCGCGAGUACUGUCGCCAGGAGUUCGAGCACGUAGUGGAUUUCCUAAGGGAACGGGUUCCCGGCGUUACCAUAGCCACUGAUAUCAUCUGCGGCUUUCCCACCGAAACCGAGGCUGACUUCGAAGAGACGAUGACCCUGUGCGCCAAGUACCGAUUCCCCAGUCUGUUUAUCAACCAGUUUUUUCCUCGACCCGGCACACCAGCUGCCAAGAUGGAACGCAUUCCCGCGAACCUGGUGAAGAAGCGAACCAAACGCCUCACGGAUCUCUUCUACACCUACGAACCAUAUGCUGAUCGUGUGGGUGAGAUAUACACAGUGCUGGUGACGGAAGUAUCUCACGACAAGCUACACUAUGUGGGUCACAAUAAGAGCUACGAACAGGUGUUGCUGCCAAUGCGGGAGAAUCUCCUGGGUACUCGUGUCCAUGUCCGCAUCACCAGUGUCAGCAAGUUCAGUAUGGUAGGCGAGAUACUCGACGACGAACGGGAUUGGACGAGGUGUGCAAAUAAGCAGGAGGAGGCGGCGCCGACGGCGACCGUAGUACAGACCCAAGCGAGAAGCAGAGAUCAGCUGAUACAGCGAUAUGUGGGCAUUGCCCUGGUGGUUGGCAGCAUAGCCUUUCUCGUCCAGCUGCUCAUGCGCUUCCUAUAGUAGUCAGUCCAAUAAAACACCAUCUUGUUCCGAA